AUGAAGAAAUUUAGAAUGUCACCUGGGUUUCGGUUCAGUCCAUCUGAUCAAGAAUUGCUAUACUACCUAAAGAUGAAGGCUAAAGGGAUGUCAUUCCGGCCUUGGAAUGAUGUGGUUCUUGAAAAAAAUCUAUAUGCCAAGAAUGCUGCACCAUGGAUGCUGUUCAAUAAUGAUGAUCCAUGGCAAGUAACAAGUAAAGUUGACGCUGCUCUUGGGAAGAUUUAUGAGGAAAAAGUCCUUUAUGUUGUUACUAAAUUAGUGAAAAUUGGUAGCAACAAAAUUGUGAGGAGUGUGGUUUCUGGGACCUGGGAUAGUGCUACUGGGAAGUAUAAAGUAUGGAACAGUCAGGGGCAAGUUAUGGGGUUCAAGAAGAUAUUGAAUUUGAGGGGGAAAGGAACGGAAGUUAUGAGCAAUUGGAUGAUGCAUGCGUACCACUUAUCUACGGUUUCGUUGCAAGAAGUUGAGGAUAAUGACUAUGUAAUUUGUCGUAUAAAGUGGGAUUAUUCAAGAAAUAUUUGGGAUGUUGAUCAAAAAGUUCAAGAAAGUGGUGGAUUGAGGAAGCUGGGGAAGAGUAAAAGGAUUAAUCAAGAAAUCCCAGAUGGAAAAAAGGUUUGUAGGAAGGGAAGUAAUAGUAGUGUAUUGACCAAUGAUGGAGUUUUAAUUGCAAAAAGCGAAGCCUAUUAUGGAGAAAAUGAUGAAUAUGAAAUCUUGAUUAAGGAAAAAUCAAGAUUUGAUCAAGAAAGUUCAAUUGGAGAAACGGUUUGUAGCAGUGGGAGGGAUACUGUAGUGGUGAAUGAAGGAGAGUUGAUAACUGAAAGAUCAUUGUUUUUGGAAGCUGAAGUUCAAGAAACAGAAGCACAUUAUGAAAGAAGCGAUGAAUGUCAAAUUCUUCUAAAGAGAAAUCAGUAUUUGAUUAGGAAAGUCCAACUAGAAAAAUGGUUUGUAAAGAGGGCAGCAAUAGUAUUCUGGUGA